AUGCCUGCGUGCUUAGUGCCCGUUGCACCCAGAGCCUCUUCCAUUGCCGCCGAUACAUGCGCAGAGCAUGGCACCCAAGUUGCCGUGUGGAGCAUUGCUGCAUGGUCAGGGUCAAUAGAGAGGGAGAUUGUUGUCCCUUUCUCUUAUCGUUGCGGCGAGCGUGGCUCGGCUCAUGAACUCCCAUUCGUUGUAGUACUAUUCUCAUUUGUAAUGUAUAGAGGGUUUCUCAUACGAGUUGCACUGGUGUUGGUAUUGGCUCUGUGUGGUGCUGCUCAGGACGACUCCCAGAGAUGUUGGUAUCCGGACGGGAAGACACAACCACCGGACCAUGUUCCUUGCAAUAAACCUGACGGAGGAGAGUCACCUGGAGGCAUAGCAGUGCUACACGGUUGUGACGCGGAUCCAAUGGGCCGAUACACGUGUGGCAUCAACUCGACCUGUAAUGAGAACAAUGUUGUGAUCGUCAACGGAAAUGAUGAGUUCGACUUCAGACCGGCACAAUUACAGGCCUUGAUCGCAUCAACAACUCCAAGUCCUUUGGAGACUUCGUCCGAAAUACCAAAUACGGGCUUCUCAGCAGUGGAAAUGGCUGGAGUGGGAAUCGGUGUGGGCAUACCUCUGCUAAUCGCAAUUACGACACUCGCUUUUCUGUUGUGGAGAGAGAAAAGACACGUUCGAGAUAUUCAAAAGCAGGCGGAGAAAGAUCUCCUAACUAUCACUAGUACCCAUCAAACAGAAAUAGCUAGGCACGAGAAUAUAGGUUUCAAUAGGGGGAGAGAAAGUCUCACUUCGAAGACAGAGCGAGUGCCCUUGGAACUAGACUCGCGUUAUAGACACCCAAACAAGGGGUCUAUGUCUAGUGGCUCUACAGCUGUGACACAAGCCCGGCCGGAGCUAAGUGCUACAGCUUCACAUAUCUACAUACCGAAAGAAGCACGUUUGAUCAAACAAUCUCUUGAAGGUCAAGUAUCGCCUGCAUCGAGUUCGCUUUACCACGCGUCUCCUCAUGCAGGGCGCUCGUCGCAAGAUGUCCAAACGCGGAGCCGCACAAGCAGCAGUGUGGCAGAUACGAGGACAUCGAGAGAUAAUAUGGACCUGCACUCUUCUCGAAGUCCCCCAACCUCCAGAUCGCCGCGUGCAGGUCCUUCACGAAGCUCGGCGACAGUCGGCUCAUCGCGAGACAACAUUAAAAUGCACUCCCGGAGCCCUCCAGUAACAGGAUCGCCGAGAGAUGCCUCAUCAUGGAGCCCGGUUCGCGCAGGCCCAUCUCGAGAGAUGGAUCAUCCGUCGCGAAGCCCACAGGCUGUAGGGCGUUCAUCGAGGGAAUACCAGACAAGGAGCCCGACAUUUGGAACUUACUCUCCGGUAGAUCCAUCGCCUGUAUCAAGUGGGUCGCCAGUGGGAAGACUCAGAGAGGAGGAGGUGAGGAAUACAUCAGCGCAAAGGGGAACUGCUAGUCCAUGGGAUGACCGAACGCCGAGAUGGAUAUGA